AUGCCUGAUAGGGAGUUGGUGCGCUACCGGCGGCUGGAGGUCGGCUUCGUGUGGCAGGCGACGGGCCGCAACUUGGUGCCCUACCUCACGGCUCAAGACAACAUCGAGUUGCCCCUCGCCCUGGCUGGCGCCGACAUCGCCUCGCGCCACCGUCGCAGUUUGGAGCUAUUGGCUGCCUUGGACAUGACCGAGAAGGGUGACAGGUACCCCCAGCAGCUUUCCGGUGGGGAGCAGCAACGGGUGGCCAUCGGGGUCGCUUUGGCCAACUCACCGCCCCUGCUGCUGGCUGACGAACCCACAGGCGAACUGGAUACGGAUAAUGCCAACCGCAUCUUCGACCUUAUGCGUCGCAUCAACCAACUCUUCGGAGUAACGGUUGUCAUGGUGACCCACUAUCCAGGGGUGGCCGAGCAUGUGGACCGGGUCAUCCACAUCCGUGACGGCCGUAUAAGCUCCGAAAGCUUCCUAGAGCCCACGUUCCAGAAGGACGGCGAGAACGUACUGCGGGAAUACUUGGUGGUGGACGAAGCGGGACGGCUGCAACUGCCCCAAGACUACAUGUCCCAGCUACAACUGCAGGGCUUGGCCAAGGCGGACAUCGCCGAGCGCACGGUAACCUCGAGCCACCAACUACGGCUCCCGCACGCAGCGAGCAGGACAGUCCGUCGGAGGACAAGUAUCACAAGGGCCUUUGGCUCCGGCGACCAGAGAGUCGUUGCCCUUCAGGAAGUCGACCUAAACGUCUUUCCGGGGGAAUUCCUAGCGGUCACCGGACGCUCCGGGUCGGGCAAAACGACUCUCCUGAACCUGUUAGCAGGGCUGGACCAGCCCACCGCAGGGCACGUCCUGUUCGACGGGCAAGACCUGUCGGCAAUCCCCGACGCCUCCUUGGUGGAAUUGCGGCGCCACAAGAUCGGGUUCGUAUUCCAGUCUUUCGGCCUUAUGCCACUGCUAUCUGCCUACGAGAACGUGGAGCUGCCGUUGCAUAUCGGCGGCGUGUCUUGGCGCGAGAGACGACGUCGAGCGUUGGAAGCUCUCGAACUGGUGGGGCUGGGCCUCCGCAGCCGUCAUCGGCCCUACGAGCUAUCGGGCGGUGAGCAGCAGCGGGUGGCCAUCGCACGGGCGCUGGUCUCCAAUCCCCAGGUGGUCUUCGCCGACGAGCCUACCGGCGAAACUGGACAGCAACACAGCGUCGACCAUCUCCGAGAUAUUGCGUGA